AUGCAGCUCGUAGAUGUUGUGGCUGCAGAAGUGGCUGCUGGUUUUGAUUGCCUAGACCAUGAGUGGGUGCCCAAACGCCCACUGAGCUCCACUCAGCCCAGCAAGAGUGGCUUUCUUACCAGACAGCCCCGGCAUGGAAUGAUCCUGUCGCAAGCGCAGAGGCGCUUCUUCGUUCUUUCACAAGGCUUGCUUCAGUGGCAGAAGGACGACUCCAAGGGAUCCGAAGUGCUUGGCGCCCUUCGGAUUGGCAGCACAACCAGUAUCUCACUGGAGGAGGACCUGAGAAUUCAAACCUGUGACUCGCAAGUCAUUCUGACGUGCCCAGAAGGUGGCAGUCUCAGAGAGUGGGCGGAAGCGCUUCGAAAAGAGGCUGAAGGUCCUCCCGCUGAAGAACAGGUUUUUGCAAUACAUCCGUCUUUGUCGCGAUUUAAAGACCUCAACUCAUCAACUUGUUUGGAUUCUGAACCGAGCUUGUUGGCCUGGCUUCUAGAAGGGGAGGACGCCCCACGCGGUUAUACUGCUGCCACAAUUGCUUUGUAUGCCAACAAGAUAGACACUUUGAUCAGAGCAGCCAUUGAGCUGCAGAAAUCUCAGCCGAUUGUCUCAGAGGUGACUGCACCAGUGAAGGUCUUUGGAGACAUUCACGGACAGCUCCGAGACCUUCUGCUGCUCUUUCAUUUCUACGGCAGGCCUGAUGAUGAUGAGGAUGAGGACGGUGACGAUGAGCCGAUGUCAUACGUGUUCAACGGUGAUUGGGUGGAUAGAGGCCGCCAUCAGCUUGAGGUCAUGCUUUUGAUUCUGUCCUUGAAGAUCAUGCACCCAAAGCAAGUGUGGCUCAACAGGGGCAAUCACGAAGAUCGACAGCAAAACCUUCGAACCACGAAGAUAGGUAGCCUGGGCUUUGAUAGGGCUUGCACUGAUGCUCUCGGUGCUGAAGAGGGUCGAAGGAUUUUUGAAAGCUUUCAAUCUUUCUUUGAGUGGCUUCCUCUGGCUGCUCGCAUUGAGCAGAAGGUCUUGGUGCUGCAUGGCGGCCUUGGGCCUGGGGACUGGUCAUUGGAAGACCUCUUGCAGGUUGAGCGGCCGUUGGUGUCAAAAGAGUUGCACUAUACUCUUGAAGGAGUGGUCUACAACAUACUCUGGUCAGAUCCGUUGAUGCACAGGCCAGAGAAUCGCAGAGAUCCUUUGAAAAGCUUUGGUGUGCAUGAUAGUCCUCGUGACAAGCACUGGCAAGUGAUGAAGAACUUUGGUCGUGAUGUGACACAGCGGUUCUGCAAGACACAAGGUCUUGAGCUCAUAAUUCGAUCACAUCAGUUCACCAAUACGUGCAAGGGGUAUGAGCUCAUGCACGAUGGAUAUUUGCUUCGAGUUUUUUCAGCGCGAAACUACAUGGGGACCGUUCCCAAUGAUGGUGGUAUGCUUUUGAUUGGAUAUGGCGAAGAUUCGCGUGGCGUUGUUUCUUUGGUGGUUCGGCCACGAAGCGUUGAGCGCCUGACAGGAGCAAACCGUGGCAGACAGAACGCAGAAUUGCCAGGCUCCAUUCUGAGCUAUGAACCCUAUUGCCCACGAAAGCACUUGAUGCAGCUUAUUAAGCCAGAACAGGUUAGAUGUUUUGGAUGGACACAUCGGGACUCAGACGAUUUUCGUUCUUGCUCUGAAUGCGGCCAAGAUGAUAUCCAAGUCGAAUGCUACUUUGCCUGCCGUGGCUGCGGUGACUAUGACAUUUGUAUCGAUUGUGCUGGACGGCUGUCACGGGGGCUUCAAGCUUUGCCAGCUUUCAGUCCACCAUCCAGACUAGGAGAUUCGCAAGCAGGCUUUUCUGAUUCAGAGUCGGGUGAGUCUCACGAAGUGAAGCGCGUUUCCUUUGAUUCUUCCGAAAGCAUGGGAGUCUCUUCAGGCAGUUCAGAGAUCGAUUCUGAGGUGGGAAACAUCUUAUUUGAUGAGCUGGCCCCUUGUCAGCUGCAUCCUGAUAACAGCGUUCUUAGCAGUUUCAGCAGAUCAAGUGAGCAGUACCCGACUGCAAGUGCGAGCUUGGUACAGCGUUCCAGCAUCUCCAGCCUGACCUUGAGCCACACCAACGAGUCCGCACAAGAAACGGAAACUGAAAGAUCAACACGUGAAAGAUGGAUACCCGUAGAUACAGACAUGAAAAAGGACAUGGCAAAUGCUAAGAAUGCUGUGGAGAAUGCCAAGAAUGCAAGUACCAAGCCAUCAGGAUGGAAGCAGGACUUGGCUAGAAUACAAGCUGGGGAUGGAAAAAGCCAAAGCGAUCAUAUCGAUUACACUGCUAUGACAGCAACUGCCAUUUCGGCUUUGCUUUCCAAUGCCUUCCUGUGCGCUACAGUCCUUGGGCUAUUCAGUGUCCUACAUAACCGCUAUCCCUUGGUGUUUCGCGGAAAUGUGUUGGAAGGAAAGGUUCCCAUGGACAUGGACAGAAACUGGGUAGCCUCAUCUUUGGCAGUUGACCUCGAUAAGAUCGAAAGUGGGCUCGGCCUUGACGCGUGCAUGGCCAUAAAAUAUUCAUCCUUUGGAGCGCAGCUGAUGCUCACUAUUGGGAUGCCAAAUCUCCUAUUAUUCAGCCCCUUACACCGAUGGUACGGCGAAGGAGGCCUUGAACAUACAGACUUGUUUGCAAGCUGGUCGAUGGCCAACAUAAAGAUAUACCAUCCAUGGCUGUAUCAUCUCCAUGCAAUCGCUGUGAUUUGGGCAGUGCUGGCUGUUCGCAAGCUGGUAUUCCAAGCUCAAAGCCGCUUCGUUACAAGGCGCAUGUCGUGGAUGAAGGGCUUGCAGUAUCCCAGAGCCAACACGGUGCUGGUAGAGGAGAUCCCUAAGGAUUGCAGAUCAAAGGAACAGCUCCAGAAGUUUUUCUGCGACAAUUUGGGUCCAGACUCUGUCGUUUGUGUAGAGAUGGUGAUGCAGACAAAGACUCUGGAAGAUUCAAUCCAACUCUGGAACAAUGCAAAGACCAAGCUGACUGAAUCAAAAGGCUACUUUGAAAGGGAAGGCCUUCGGCCAACGCUUGGGAGAUUUCAAGGAUUCCCGCACAACUUGUUGUAUUGCUUUGGUCCCGACAGUGCUGACAGUGCUGAUGCACUUGAUUACUUUACAGCAGAAAUGGCAAAAUACGAGCUCCAAAUCAAGGAGAUGCGAGACGCCAUCAACCGUGAGGCUCAGAAAGGUGAAGGAGAUCAGAACAAUCAGAACACUCAUUCAGCUUUUGUCACCUUCAGAUCCCGGAAAGAUGCUGAGAUCGCAAAGGCUCUGGAGUUUAGUGGUUGCAGAUGUUGCAGUGAGUGGGUCAUUUCGGAAGCUCCAGAAGCUUCAGCGAUUCGUUGGCAGGAUUUGUCUCAAGAGGCACGUUCUGGUAAGACGGUCGCCAUUGGUUACUUGCUGAUGCUGUUUCUUCUCGCAAACUUCUCUCCGAUUUGCCUGGCAAUUUCCUCAGCAGCCUCAGAAAUCGACAUGGGGAUGCUGCAGCCUCUUUGGGCUGCUUUGGCUCCAACGCUCGGGCUCACCAUUUUCUUGUCAAUGCUACCAACUGUACUACUUCUGAUCCCUUCGAACUUUUUCACACUGCGGUCAGAGCCCCUGGCUCAACAUCAGCUCCAAAUGUGGUAUUUCCAUUUCCAAGCGGUUUGCAUCCUCUUCCUUCCAAUUGUGGGAAGUGACUUCCGGAACUUUGCUAAGCAGAUCCUUCAAGACUCAAGUCCAUCUUCAGUGCUAAAGCUGCUGGCAGACAGGAUACCACUGUCAUCUCAGUUCUUUUUCAGCUUUGUUGUUCUCCAGUGGUCUGUUGCUUGCAUGGAGAUCUUGAGGAUGGCUGUGCUGGGAAAAUUUUUGCUGUUCAGGGCAAUGCACACGGAAAAGGAAGCACGCGACAUGGCUGAGCCUGAGGAUCAGGAGUUCUACGGUAUGGGAGGGCGAUUUGCCCGAUGGAGUUUGAACCUGGUUAUCGGAUGCAUAUUCUGCGGUGUGUGGCCCCUCGUGACACUUGUGACGCUAGUCCAGUUUCUUCUGCAACGAGUUGCAUAUGGAUAUUUGUUUGCCUUUGCUGAGACAAAGAAAGCAGACUCCGGGGGAGAAUUCUGGUCGGAAUCAUUGUCGCAACUGCUGUAUAGUAUGGUUCUAUUUGCUGUCGGAAUGUGUGGACUUCUCCUGCAUCGAUCGUCAAGUUUAAUUCCAGCAGCAGUGGCAUUUGUCGGGGUCGUGAUUGCUGUGAUAUCUGUUUGGCAGUUUCAGACGGGCUUCCGGUGGAGGUCGUUACCAAUUCCAGAGGCGCUUUUUGAACCGGGCAAAUGGCAAACAAGAUUUCCCUCAUGGCGGCUGGGAGUUGUUCACGCUCUAGGUGGUUGGGUGCCUGGUCAACAAGGGCUACAGUCUUGGUAUGAUUCGUAUAUGAUUAUUACAGUAUGA